CCUCAAAUGCACACAUCAUAUGAGACCCUUUCAUGAAUGGUAUGUUUUGCUGCAUUCAGUCAUAACACGACCGGCAAUACUAACCGCUAAACCCUUCACUCAAAUGCAGUCAUAACUGAUGAGUGGUUACAAUGAUUGCAAGCAUUGAGUGCUUUUGUUUGUCAAUACAGUGAAUGUGUCAAUGUUUUCACUUGACUUUCGCUUCAAUUCACGUUUAGUUUAACUGUAAUUCACAUUAAAUACACGUUUGAAUACAAAAUAGCAAUCAUUUGAUGGCCGCUUAAAAUGUCUCAACAGUUACUCAAGAGAUCACUGGCACUACUCGAUGGUGAUAGUGAAGGCAUGAAUCGGAAGAAGACAUACAAAGCAAACAAAUCCAAGAAAUCCAAACUUAAGAAGCGAUUGAAUGGCAAACCCAGAGUUGCAGACAAUGGCACAAAAGUGAAUGAAAUGAACGCCAAAUCAAAAAGCAUUGAAAUAUACAAAGAGUUGCACAAAAAUAAGAUCAAAUAUCAAUUAAUCAAAGACUUGAUGGUUAGUAGUGAUCGCAAGUCAACGCAUGUGUCCGACAAAAGUGAGUCCAUAUUCACGGAAAAGGAUUUCAAGGAGUUUGCACUGAAUUAUAAAUAAGACAUUUUGUUAGUUAAAGAAUAAAUUUAUUAAUAAAAACAACUAAUAAUUAAUU